AAUUUUUAAAACCAAAUAAAAUUAUGAGAAAAAAUGUGUGAUGUUAAAUCUUAAUAAAAUUGUAUAAUGAAUGUUGUUUUUUAAAUAAAAUAUUUUCGUUAUAGUAUAUUAUAAACAUGCUAACUCUACGUACAGCUAACCGUGUUCUAAAAGUUUUGAAAACCACCCAAAUAUGCAAACAACCAUUUCAUAGAUGGUUAGCUCCAACAUUGAGAGAAUUGAAACGCAGAAAAGACAGUCUAGGUCCUGAUAAACCAGUUCACCGUAAAACAUUCCUUGAGUGGAAUUAUGAUACCGAGGUAUAUGCAUUCAGUAAACGUUUAGGUGAAGAGUUUAAUAAUGAUUUGCUACAACAAGCAUUAACUGAACGUUCAUAUAUUAUUCGUGAAGAAGAAAGACAAAAGAAUGUCGGUAUAGAGCAACCUACUUUAAAUUUAUUUGAUAAUAAAGAGUUAGUUUCCAAAGGUUCAGAUUUUAUCGAUGAUGUGGUAAAACGUUAUUUGCGUACGGUUUUACCUAGAUUACCAGAAGAAGGAAUCAUAGGAAUUCACAAGUAUUUAACAAGUAUUGAAACACUGUCUCAUGUUUCAUUCCAUAUUGGUACUUCUGAAUUGAUUCUUUGUGCUGAAUUUCCUGUGGAAAAACUUACUUUAUCCAAUGUGCUAAAAUCAAUAACAGCUGCAUUGGUUGAAAGCUCUGGCGAUAGUCGAGCUGCAUUAUUUGUGCGUGAUUUUAUUAUAACACAAAUAGCUGAUAAAGACUUGCAUCAGUUUUGGGAACCUGAAGAACCUAUCAAGCUCUUAUCAGAAAUCUUAGCAAGAGAUGGUAUUCAGUCUCCUGAACCUAGACUUAUUGGAAGUUCUGGAAAGAAUACAAUAUUGGCUUGCUUUAGAGUAGGAUUAUAUACUCCACACAACAAACAAAUGAUUGGUUUAGGUUUUGGAGAAACUGUAGAUAUUGCACACGAAAUGGCAGCAAGAGAUAGUUUGCGAAAAUUAUUUGGCACUUCAGAUAAUAUUUUACUUCCAUUUAAUCUUAAGUUAGAUCAGUUAUGUGAAAGUAAUGUUAAAAAUUUAUUUGUGAAUGAAUGGUCACAAAAAAUCCUACCAACUCGUCCAAUGCAUUAUGAACUUCGUAUGGCGAAAGAAACAUGUAGUAAUUAAAUUUUAACAUCAAGUUAGAAAUUAUAAUUAAAUUUGUAAUUUAAGUUCCAUAAUAAAAAUUUAUCAAAUUUAAAAAAUUAAAUAGUCAUAAUUUAUUUUUAUAAUUG